AUGAUGUUCCUUGAUGGCUGCUUCAUCCUUCAGUACAUUUAUGGCAUUGUAAAUGCAAUUCCUGAGGUUUUGGAUAUAAUUCACCAUGCUCCUUUGGUGCUGCGAGGCUUGUUCUUGUUGGAGAAUCAACUCCCUUUCAUAGUGCUCCAAGUGCUAAUGCGCUUGAAAUCUGAAAAAUACAAGGGUGAAAAAAUGAUCAUGGCUUUCAUCAAGCGCAUUAGGGGCGAGCCUGGUGAAAUAGGCAAUAUAUUGAUUCAACAACUUCUUCCAUCGGGUGUCACAUUACUGACCGGUGAUUGGUACACUCAUCGGUCAGCCAGGGACUUCACGUCAGUUGGGAUCCAGUUCAAGCCAAGCAAGACAUCCCAAUUGACAGACAUAGAUUUCAUGUCUACAUGCACUUCUGGGACUCUCCAACUUCCUCCAAUUAUUGUUGAUGACAUAACAAAGUCUAUUCUGUUGAACUUGGCGGCCUAUGAGGCCUGCCCAGAUAGUGUAACUGAUGUUGGUGUGACCUCUUACAUAUGUUUCAUGGAUUCUCUUAUUGAUCAGGAUGAAGAUGUGAAGGUGUUGAGGGCUAAGGGUAUAUUGAUCAACUUUCUUGGUAGUGACGGACAUGUGGCUGAUCUUUUCAAUGAGAUAGCCACUGAUUUGGUUCCAAGCCCUCAUGCUUAUGUUGAAGUUAAAAAGAAAAUUGAAAAGCAUCAUAGAAACCGCAUGAAGAUUUGGAUAGCAGAUUGGCUUCAUACAUAUUUUAGGAACCCUUGGACUUUCAUUGCUGUCACUGCUACAAUUUUGGCCAUUACAUUAAGUGUCUUUCAGACUAUCCUUGCUGCAAUUCAGACUUACCUCACUGCCCAUCCACCAAAAGGUUGA